AUGGAUUUGGUGAAAAAACUUAUAGCAGCACGAGAUGAAAUUGAUCAACGAAUUGCUAAAGAAGAAGAAAUUCUUAAAAUAAAUAAUAUCGAUAUGAAGCAAAGUUUAGUGGAUAAGGAAGGUUUUCCGAUUACAUCUGUUGAUGUAUAUGCAGUAAGACAAGCACGAUGUGCUAUUAUAUGUGCGCAAAAUGAUCGUCAAAAAUUAACUGCUGAAAUUGAAAAAGCUAUGCUUAUUUUACAUCAACAAAAACGAGAUUGCACAACAACAUGCAGAACAUACAACUGA